UUUUUUUUUUUUUUUGAGGCAAACUAAAAUUAUCUAACUUUCAACUAAAAUUAUCUAACUUUUUUUUUUUGAGGCAAACUAAAAUUAUCUAACUUGUUUAGUGUUUUUUUUUUCAUUUGUUCCUCUAUUGGAACUCGGAAGACAUGAUUUAAAGUGCCCAAAUAAAUAAAUAAAUAAAUAAAAUAAAAAAUAAAGUGAUACUCCGUACAAAAACAGUACGAAGUAUAAUUUUACAAACAAUCCCACAAAUUAAAAUUCCCCAUUACAUUUAUCUGCAAAUCAAUCUUCUUCGAUCUUGGAAAAGGGACUCCUUAUCUGCCCCUUCUCCUUUCUGGGUUAACAGGAAGGUAGUGUAUAAGAACCUACUGUGGACUGUGGUUAGUAAGAGAAAUGGAGGAUGUUGUGGAGCAACAGAAUCCAUCACUAGGUGAAGAUGGAGAGAGUGAUAUAGUAACUGAACAAGCUACCUUUGUCCAUGGAGCACCUCAUCAAGAUGAUAAUGGCCCCCCUAAAGUAGAUGCUGAAAUUGAGGUUCUUCAUGAGAAAGUUACCAAGCAAAUAAUCAAAGAAGGUCACGGUGAAAAACCAUCCAAAUAUUCCACAUGCUUUAUGCAUUACAGAGCAUGGACUGGGAGCACACAACACAAGUUUGAAGACACAUGGCAGGAGCAACGGCCAAUAGAGCUAAUUCUAGGAAAAGAGAAGAAAGAGAUGGAAGGUUUAGGAAUUGGUAUAUCAAACAUGAAGUCUGGAGAACGUGCCUUGUUACAUGUUGGUUGGGAGCUAGGCUAUGGAAAAGAAGGAAGCUUCUCCUUUCCAAAUGUUCCACCCAUGGCUGACAUUAUAUAUGAAGUUGAACUCAUUGGAUUUGAUGAAACCAAAGAAGGUAAACCACGUAGUGACAUGACAGUUGAGGAAAGGAUUGGUGCUGCAGACCGACGAAGAAUGGACGGAAAUGCUUUAUUUAAGGAGGAGAAACUGGAGGAGGCUAUGCAACAGUAUGAAAUGGCAAUAGCAUAUAUGGGAGAUGAUUUCAUGUUCCAGCUUUUUGGAAAGUACCGUGAUAUGGCUAUGGCUGUCAAGAAUCCUUGUCAUCUCAACAUGGCAGCAUGUUACAUUAAACUCAAGCAAUAUGAUGAUGCCAUAGUGCAAUGCAGCAUUGUCCUAGCUGAGGAUGAAAAUAAUGUCAAAGCACUGUACAGACGAGGAAAAGCAAGAGCAGAACUAGGGCAAACAGAUGCAGCUAGAGAAGAUUUGCUCAAAGCUCGUAAAUAUGCUCCGGAUGACAAAGCAAUUGCCAGAGAACUGCGGGUUCUUGCUGAACAUGAAAAAUCUGUCUAUAAGAAGCAGAAGGAGAUGUACAAAGGAAUGCUUGGACCAAGACCUGAACCCAGGCCCCAGCAAACUAGUUGGCUAGCUCUCUUUUGGCAGUGGCUGAUCUCAUUAUUCUAUAAAAUUUUCAAGCAGAAAACACAAAAAUCUGACUAGUUUAUUUAUCCUAUAUAGUGCCCAAAAUUGUGAUAAGCUAGAGUUAAAUAAAAAUCAAACUGAUGUAUAUACUGUAUAACUGUUUUUACUACAGAAAUGCUACAGGGAUAGUCAAUUAAUAAACCAUAAUAUGUUGUCCUAAUUUCUGAAGCUCAUAUCAUGCUAAUAGGACAGGACUAUUGUUAGAUUACUACAUGGACUAAUUUCAUAUUUGUACAAAAGGUGAUGAAUGAUUUACUUGCAUUAGAUUACUAGUUUACUA